UUUCUCUCGGAGCUGUAGUCGGUCUCGUCACUCGCGCAUUUUCCGCCAGUCGUUGGAGGAACUCUGCUGGAUUUCAGGGCUCUUGUGUUAGAAAGGAUACUGUUUGUUUUGGUUUUUUUCUUGUGCUUUUGUGGAAUAAAAAGUGGAAGUAGAAGGUUUUGACACUUGUCGGUGUCGUUUUGUUGUCAUCGAGAUGGAAAAACGCGGAAUUAAGCAUCCAAAGUGGCUGAAGGACUGAAUUGGCUGGCCUCCUGCUCUCCCUUCACCACACACUGGCAUAUUUGGAGUGGAAAUGGCCAAGUGGUUAAAAGACUAUCUGAGCUUUGGCAAGAAGGUGCCUCCACAGCCUCCAACACCAGACUACACAGAGAGCGAGAUCCUCAAAGCCUAUCGGCUCCAGAGAGACCUCGAUUUUGAAGAUCCCUAUGAGGACUCAGAAAAUAGAUCCAGGGGAGAGUCUGGAACUUCUGAACCUGCAACACCUGUCUAUGGGUCUCCCAUGAAGUCAUCCAGUGUGGACGUGAAGUCUCCUAAACACAGACUGAUCAAAGUGGACUCACAGGAACUGGGACGCACCAAGAUCCUACUUAGCACCAUCUCUUUAGAGGAUCAGCAAGAGCCCGUGGUGCCGUCCGCUCCGUUGGCUGGAGACACAGAUUAUUCGGACCCAUUUGAUGCUCGACUGAACCACCGACCAGACCCAGAUCUUCGACCUGUUCCCUGUGAAAACAACGGCUAUAUGGAGCCCUAUGAGGCCCAAAGGGUCAUAACAGAGCUGCAGCGUAACCCAGGAGGAGGACAGGCGCGUGGAGGGCUGCAGCUCUAUGACACCCCCUAUGAAGACAUCCGAGGCCAGUGUCUGGGUUUGGUGUAUGGAGAAGCUCAAGAAGAGGGCAAGGAGAGCAGCAGACUGCCGCAAGAUGACGAGAGACCGGCUGAUGAAUAUGACCAACCCUGGGAAUGGAAAAAGGACAACAUCUCUAAAGCUUUUGCAGAAAUGAGGGAGUUGGCGGAGUUGCCUUGGCCUGCCCCUGUGGGUCAGCUGGAGGAGGAGCACCCCACCAAAGAACAAGUGCAGUUUGAUAAUACAGAGUGGGAUCGCUCCUCAUCGCCAACAGAGCGGUUGCGUCCCCUGGGGCCCAGAUCCAGUCCGCUGGCGGGAGGGGGAAUGAAGUUUCGAAUGCCCCACGAAGGCCUCACAAUGGUGGGGGAGAGAGUGGACCCUACUCUGCCUCUGGAAAAGCAGGUAUGGUACCACGGCUCGCUGUCACGUUCGGAAGCGGAGUCGCUGCUUACACUGUGUAAAGAGUGUAGCUACUUGGUGAGGAACAGUCAGGCCAACCGCUCGGACUACUCCCUCUCUCUUCGGAGCUGUCAAGGUUUCAUGCACAUGAAGUUCACCCAGUGUAAAGAUGGCAAGUACGUGCUGGGACAGAACAGCCCGCCCUUUGACACCAUCCCAGAGCUCAUCCACUUUUACACCACACACAAACUCCCGAUCAGAGGCGCUGAGCACCUGUCCUUGCUAUUCCCAGUGCUGGUGCAGACACUCUGACCACCCUGGAGCGCCCUUUCAGUGAUCAGACACUUCAAACAUGAAUGUUUGACUGGAUCUACCCAGUGGAGUGAAAGCGUUCUCCUCUAUUUUGACUGGAAGACUUUUGAUGAUUCAACACAUGAGGAGCUUAUCUUACCUACCACUGCUGUGUACCCGUGCCAAGCUGAAACAUCUUGGGGACUGAUUCACGUGAAAUGCAGUACCUGAACUUGAGGCACCUUUUCUCUCUCAUCCAAACGAGGCUGACUUAAGGACAAAAAAAACGUUCAUUUCAUUGCAUUUCUUUCCAGUGGAUGUUUGCAGAACUCCGAAGAGGAGAAAGUGUGUAUUCUGAAUGUACCGAAGACCAGCAGGAGACUGAGAUUAAAUUAUUGCUGUUCCACAUUAACACCUCAUCGACACUGGUAAAAUAUUGCUGUUGUUAGGUGAAAACCUUGCAGCCAUUGUGCUGAUUUUUCAUAUUUCUGCUAGAAUCAGUCAGUUGAGUUUUACUGUAUCAGAUUAGAUUCCUUCUUCAUCCUCAGGCUUGGGAAACCCUUUUGUAAACAUUGAAAAAUCCAUGUUGCAAGUAUGCUAUUUUCAAGUGUAAAAGGUUUUUACCAGCAGCAGUUAUAUUCCAAAAGCUUUUCUACAUAAAGUCUUGCUUAUUUCCAUCCAGUCAGUUCCGUACAGUUUUCUAUUGAUUUGCUUGACAGAGUUACGUUGUUGAUUUUCCUUCAUAAGCGAAGAGAAGCUGUGUUGUAUUUGCCUUGAGCUCACUGACCUUUUAUCUCUUGUUUCUUGCAUUUGAAAGACAAUACUGGGUUUAUAAAAGCUGGUCUCGUCUUUGACUAACUUAAAGAUAAGAUAAGCCCAGAAACUGAGGAGAAGGUUCAUAUGUAGAAAGAGAUGCGAAUCAAAUAUUGAAAGCCAAAACAAAUUGGGAUUAUUAAAAACACUGGCUAUAUUAAAUCACAUUUGAUUGAAUAUUGCACAAUUUUUGUCUGGCAUAGUCAUUACAUGCUGUUAGUAGAAGAUUCAGUUCAAUUCAAUUCAAUUCAAUUUUAUUUAUACAGCGCCAAAUCACAACAACAGUCGCC